AUGCCAAGUACGACACCUGCAGAUGUUGGCUGGCACGAGCUUACGGACUUCAUGGCAGCGCUCUUGGGCCUGGAUGCGAAUCCUCUCAUUUGGACUCGCUAUGGGCUGGACUUGCUGGGCAUCUCCCUGAACAGCAUCUCGAUAGGAGAAGCGACGGGAAGCGACGAACGGCUCAGCGAAUUUGACCUGGGACACUGUGGCUCCACCUUUGAUGCACGGAUGGAGUUCAUGGUCAACACCCACGGGUGGAUGGCUUCGGAUGAAAUGUUUUACUACACUCAGUCCCUUAUGUGGUCUGGUUCAGACAUGAAGUUCUCUCCACCCGUCCUUUGGGACAUUACCAAGCAAGAUUUCGAUGAAGCUGGACACGGGGAGCCCAAUUUCUACAACAAUUCGACCACGGUCCUACCAAUCUUGGUCAGGUCCCACUGGGGGGCUGUUGAGAUCACGAAGAGAGGUGACCAAACUUCUAUCACCUUCAUCCAAAUCCAUGCGGAUUUUCGGGACCGCCUCACGAUGAUUCUUGCAAGAUUUCUGGACAUUGCACCGCAUCGUAUUCAGAUUCACAUGUUGCCAGAGUAUUAUCGUCCACACCUUUGCGGAUGGCAUCUCAUGAUGCGGUGGUAUUCUUGGGGCGGCCAUCAUCAGACGAUUGCGGACCUCACGGAUCAACUACCACUGCCACCAAAUGUCUCUGACCUUGUGGAUGAUGUUCUGCGCAGUUCCCGUGAGGAUUGGCAAGAAGAAUCCAUUGAUCGUGGUGUUGGUGAACUGGCCUUUAGGCUCAGAAAGAACUUCGUUUUGAUUCUGGCCCACAGUCAUGUGCAAGGACGACCGCAUACUCAAGUUGCUCUCCACGUUGAACAUCCGCCGCCACCGGUUGUGAGGACUGUCCAAGUUGCUACAGAGCCGACUCUUACACGUGAGCAGAGGAUCCAACAGCGCCUUGCACACUUCCAGCAGUUCCGAGGCUGGCUUGCCACCGAUGAGAUGGAUUAUACAUUGGAGGGCCCCAGGGCUUUGAGUACAAAUACGCUUUUCUGCGCCCCAGCUGUUUGGAAUACACAAACUGGCAAUUUGGCUUUCUUGAACGACCUUGUCCCCGAGUAUGCAGCCUUCGGCCAUGUUAUCUGGCACAUCGUUGUCAACAAUCACUGGAUUGCAGUUGAAGCCUAUUUCUCGACUGCUGGAGCAAAUUUUGGAGCCACAGUCCCAGUUGACAUGAGGGAGCUCUUGCGGCCCCUUUUCGAUCAUUUGGUGCACAUCACAGAGGUUGACAGAUCGACACUACAGUUCACCUUCCUCGAUCAGGUUGCUCCAACACACAUGUGUGGCUAUCAUUUGCUUCGACAGCUUUUUCGCCGUCUGGAAGCUGACCAAAUUGCUCUGAAUCCAACUCAGACUUUGCAGCUGCAGUCAUCCAAGAUGAAGCUGCCCAGUUGUGGGAACAAACACAGGUUAGUGUCUCGGCAAGAUUUCGAGAGAAUCAGGGACAAUCCUGUGAGUGCCUUCAAAGCUAUGCUUGCUGAAGUUGAUGAGCCGACAGCCGAACAGGCUGUUUUGUACGGCUUCCGCCAGAUUCGUUAUCCCGGGGGAAAUCAGCCAGACCAAAUGCUUCAGAUGAUUGCAAAGAUUCCAUUUGCUCAGCGCUCCAAGAUUCUCGAGGACAACAUCCACGUCGUGCCUCGUCACACCAUUGAGUUGGCUGGGUGGCCUGCCGCCACUGCGGCAGAACAUGUGGAGAAAGAGGACAUGCACCAUUUGAUUUAUGAUUGUGAGCCACUUCACGCCCUUACUGGUGUUCCAAUACAUCAUGAAUUGGGAGAGAACUUUUCGCUGUUGGGCCACAUUGCCCACCCACAGUUCAUCGCUCGUCGUCGUCUUCAGUUCACUUUGGCGGCCGACCUUGAAGUGUCGGAAACGUUUGAUCCCUCUUGUCUGGUACGCCUUUGGACAGACGGCUCACUUGUGUUGGGUGAAUCAUUUUGGCUGGCCACAGCAACAUAUGCAAUUGUUGAUGAGCAGAUCAACAUUGUCAAGAAAGGGCUCAUCAGUCAUUGGGCUCUCUCUGCGUAUGCAGCCGAGCUAUGGCCAGUUGUGUCAGCUUGUGUUACAGCAUCCACUAAGGUCAUCAUUUUCUCUGACUGUUUGAAUGUGGUCAACCAUGCUCAGCAUUUGUUUCAAGGCGGCUCCGUCGAUCCAUCAUGGAGUUGCCUGGAGUGGUGGCAAGCCUUGGAGAAGAUUGUCCACCUUCGGUCGAGAGAUGUCGCUCGGCCUUUUUGGAUCGAAUGGAUCCCGGCACACAAGCUUGAACACAUCCCAGACUAUCUUCUUUCCGACGAUCUGGCUGCUCUACACAAUACCACUGUCGAACACAUUACUCGCAAUCGACGGUGUGAUAUCGCAGCCAAGGAGUUUGCGCAAGGCUUGUGCCCCAUCAAUCUCGAGAUGUUCUCUGAAAUGAAGAAAGCUGUUGAAACCCAUCAGCGAUGGCUCAUUAACCUUCACGCCAUGAUGCCUACUGGUGAUCCUGGUGCUGGUCUCAUUCAUGGAAAUGAUGAGAAUGAUGAUGCUGCUCCCGACCUUCCUUGGCGGCCCAAAAUUCCGAAGAGAUUGCCUCCUCCACCUACAUGGAAAGCUCCAAAGGAAGAUUGGGACACGUUGUGUGCAUUCCUUUCAGGUUUAUACUGGCAAGUUGACUGUUCGCAAAGUUUCUCCUUCUGUGAGUUGGCUGUCUUCUACCAUCAGGCAGGCUUUUGCCUGUCUGGAGACUUGGAGGUCUGCACGCUGUAUGAUAUCUACAAGUUGAUGCGAGAGUGCAUCUUGCAGCUCUCCAAGAUGCCGAAUGUUGACGCCUUUCCUGGCCUGUUCAGUUCUACAAAGCCGCGCUCGUGCGGUCGAGUGCUACCGCAGGGCUGUAUAGAUGGGGCAAUCCCCUUUCACUCUGACGAAGUCCGUGUGAUGAUUGCCUCUGCCUUCGCCAAAGGCGCUGGAAGGCAGAUUGAGUCGUGGCGACUUUGCAUUGGAGGCUCCACACCCACGAGCACCGAGCCCAAGGAUCGACGAAAGGUCUCGCUCCUAGGCGGCGAUUCCUUGUAUGCGACAGCUCAGUGGGCUAUGGCAACUUGGUUGACAGCUAUGGCAACUCAGGCCAAGUUGGAUAGCCGCGCCUGUCGAAAGCUCAUCGCCAACACCAUUGCUGCCUACAGUGAUGGCCAGCUGCGGAAGCGUGAGCUGACACGUGGCAGUUUCAGUGUGUGGAUUUGGAACCUGGACCUGACCGUGAAGCAGUACUUGGAGAUUGAGAAGGUGGCCGGGGUGGCGGCCUUCUUUGGGGCAAGUACUGCGUGUGCGGCCUUCGUCAACAAGGUGAGCGACGACAUCGCGACGCAACUGGCGGAGUUUGGCUCCGACUUGGGCCUCGUGGUGUCGUUGCUCAAGGACGUUCGCACAGUAGGCAUGACCACCGCGCUGAAGCUUGGGAGGAUCUCCGCGCCCAUCAUCUUCGCGCUGCAGCGCGAUCAGCGGCUCAAGGAGUUGCUCUCCACGCGCCUGGAGAACGCCGAGGACUUCGAAGAGGCCCUGAGGCGGGUAAAGGAGCACGGCAUGAUGCCAACGAUUCACCUGGUGAACAAGCUUGGCGCCCGUGCGACGGCGCGCUUGGAAUGUCUAGAGGAGAGCAAAGAGAAGGAAGCCCUUUUGACCUUGGUCCGUGGAGUGGCCUGUUUACACCUCAUGGAGGAUGGCGAGGUGUCCAACGAGGACAGCGUGGUCGCUGACAUGGUGGUGAACCCUGACCCUGAAAGCCGCGUUUUCGACAUGAAGGUGGCCAAUCUGCGGCUGCGGGCGCAGUUGCAGCGGAUCCAUAGCAGUGAGCAGCGUUCCAAGCACAGGCGGGGUGUGUCAAACACCGGUAGGUCUGUGGUCGCCCUGGCAGACGACGAGACACGAGCACCGCAGGGACUGGGCUUGGAGUUCAACUCUGAAGAGGUGGAAUGGCUGAUCCUACGGGGCCUUGAGCGUCGAACGCCCUUACCGGAGCAGCUGGAUCUCACGCAUCUCCUCUCUUGUGUAUCGAAGGGUCAAGACCAAGUGCAAGAACGUCUCUUAGGUCUACAGGAGGCAGCGCAGAGCACGAAGCUGAAGAAGGCCAUCAAUGAGGUCUUUAGCAGUGGUGGAAAGCGCUUGCGCCCGGCCUUGUGUUUGCUGGUGCACUCCAUGUUGAACGAGAGUAUCGGGCCUGGCGCGCAGGCGGCCUACGAUAAGGUGAUCACGUUGGCCACGUCCAUCGAGAUCAUCCACACGGCCUCCUUGGUGCAUGACACUCGGCGUUCAAGCGGCGGUGCAGAUGGGGACGACAUCCUGGACGACGCCGAUCAGCGGCGCCAGCGGCAGACGAUGCACCAGAUCUUCGGCCCCGACGUGGCGGUGCUCAGCCCCUCGGCGCUGGGCCGAAGGUGGCGACUUCCUGUUCGCUCACGCAUCUUGGAGGGGAGAGGGGCCUCGGGGUUGAUCGAAUCCUUGGAGGACGAUGAGGUCACACGCUUGGUCUCUUUGGUCAUUGAGGAGUUUGGCUAUGGAGAGCUGGCGCAAAGCGCCAAACGCUUUGACACCAAUGUCACUCUCUUCAACUACCUCAAAAAGAGUUUUUACAAGACGGCCUCUCUUCUGGCCGCGGCCUGCCGCGCCUCUGCCGUCCUCACGGGCCUUCGCUGUGAAGAUGUGCUCUACACCUAUGGCUUCUACUUGGGCUUAGCCUUCCAGAUCGCCGACGAUGUCUUGGACUUCACCGGUGGUGAAGAGCUGGGGAAGCCCGUGGGGCAAGACUUGAGCGAAGGGAAUUUGACGGCUCCGGUGAUCCUCUGCGUGAACGGCAACGAGGAGCCCGGAACCGCGCCCUCCGUGUGCUUCGCCUCCCUGCCGCGACCUCGCCGCGUCCGACGGUUCUUGCGAGGUUGA